GCGGUACAGAGAAGUCGUUUGUCAUUCGUUGUCAUUUUGUCGUUGAAACUAGCAGGAAAAAUCAAAUUCAAAUUUUUUUAGCUGUGUGUGGUUUUUUACAAUAGAUUCUACUGAUAAAACAAAACGGUUUUUAACAGUUUUCUGUACUGGUGAUUGUUUUUAAAGGAUUUAAAUUUUUUCUUGAAUUUUAAGAUCAGUUAAGAGAGCGACGCAUUUGUAAAAUGGAUAAUUUUGAACAGUUGAGCAACACUGAAUUGCGUGAUCAAUUGAAAGCACAUAAUCUUGGAAAUUUCCCAGUAACCGAUACAACACGAAAUGCAUUGAUCAAGAAAUUACGAAAUGCCUUAAAUGGACCGGCACCAAAGUCAGUCAAGGCUCGACGUGAGACGCUUGCCGUUGUUAAAAAUGUAUCGGCCGAAGAAUCGGAAUCGGAUGCUGAACUGAAGAAAAUCAAUAAACCGAAAACGGUUAGCAAUCGUCGGGCAACAAUUGCAGCGGGUACAACAGCAUUAAAAUCAAGCGUCAAACAAACGGCUGAAGUGGUUGCCGAUACGGCUCCAGUUUCUAAAUCAAAAGCAAAUGGCGUUGUCAACGAUAAAACUCCGGUUAAAGCAGCUGCACCACUUCCAUCAAAGUCACCGAGUCGUAAGGCAGAGUUAUACUUUGACGAUGCGUCUGACGAUGAUUUGAUUGCGGCCGCUGCUGAGUUCGAGAAACAAGCCAGACGUAAGACAUCGCGUACAUCGCGUUCGCCAUCAUUAACCAAAAGCUCAGUGGUUACAACAUCGUACAAGCACACAAUUGAACCAUUGGUUGAACUAAAUGAUGAUGUUAUUUUGAUCAAUGAUAACAGUGAUGCUGAAUACAGUUCAGAGAUGCUUGAGAAAAUCCGAAAGCCAAGCACACCAACCACAAAAAUAAAUCCACCGGCCGACAGUCGGCGUAAAACAAUGCAGUUGGGCCCAUCGAUUUCGACAAAUUACUCUAGCAUCAAAGCCACCGAAAAGCCAAUCGAAGAUACUGGAAGCACAUAUCGACGCCGAUUCACAACAUACGCAACGCCAAUGGUAACAGCAGAGGCAAAUACAAAAGGUUUGAAUGAAUCGCACGAUGAUUUUAUGAACAAAAUUGAGGCACCGUUUUUGAGCGAUUUCACCCGUCGUUUGGCCCAACUCAAAGCCGAACAAUUGCCGGGCACUGAAAAUACAUACGAUUACAGAUCGCCAAAGUCAACAACGUCGGCCUACUUAAAUGAAUAUCGUUCAUCGAUUUAUGGUAGUGGUGGCCGUGUUGGUGACCGUUAUCGAGCCGACAAACCAAUCACAUCAACACUCAAACAACAAGAAAAACCAUCCAAGCUAUCAGCUUUAGAGAAUAGAUUCCGUUUGCCAUUGUUGAUCGUAUUAUCUAUUUUUGUCGUGGUUGUGGUUUAUGUCUUUCUAUUUUCAUACUAUUAAUCAUAUUCUUUCUCUUUUUCUUUGAUAAAAAAUGAUUUACGAUGUCAA